CCACGGAUUCCAUCCGUCCGUUCUUGCACCUACUACAGCCUCUCGGGCGUCUGACAGCUGCGCUACACCACAUACCCUCUCUCAUUCAUCACCAAUCCAACACGGGAAAAGGUUCAAGAAGUAUAAGCAUGGCGCAGCCUUCCCUUCCUGAUUUGCCGCCUGACGAACUGGCAAAGUUGCCGCUGAUGCCAAAUCCAUCAGGUGCACCACCUGACUUUGAUACCAAAGAUACCACGGGGCCCAUGAACCUAGGAGUUACCUCAGUCUUCCUCGUUAUUGCAACUGUCACGCUCUUCUUGCGCCUGUUUACACGAUUCAAAAUUACAAAACGUAUUGGACUGGAUGAUCUUUCAGCAGGUAUCGCGUUUCUUUUUGCAGCUGGCACCGUUGGACUUGAGUUCUACCUCGUCGAUCAGAAGGUAUUAGGACCGCAUAGCUGGGAUGUACGGCUGAUCACUUGGAUGAGCAACUCAGUCAUACGUUCUUACGUAGCUCUCCCGAUAGUCAGUAACCUCGCAAACUUCUUCACGAAAUGUUCGAUUCUUCUGUUUCUGCAGCGCCUGUUCCCACGAGUUGCCUGCCCGAAAACCGCAGUUGCUCUUUGGGUUGGGCUCGCAGCAAACUUUGUUGCCUACGCAACCCUCACCAUGUGGCUCUUUGUCAAAUGCAUUCCGUGGAAAGGUCAAGCUGGCGUCCCAACGUCAUGCAGAGGUUCCUUUCAACUUCAAAUCGGGAUCGGUUCCUCUGUUGUCAAUGCGACCACGGAUCUCUACGCCCUGGCCCUCGCCAUACCGUCGCUCUGGUUAUUACGAAUGCCCCUCAAAAGGAAGAUUAGUGUUAUUGGUGUGUUGGCUAUCGGUCUUUGUGCUUGCGGUAUAAGUUUGUCUCUUUUGGCCUCCCUAGCCAUGCGAGCCAAAACCGAUCAGCUCUACGACCUAACCAGAAAGGAGGUUACUCCGGCUAUGCUUGGGACGAUAGAGCCGCUGCUUGCGAUAACCACUGCCUCUUUACCAACUUUGCCUUCGUUUUGGACCUGGUUGUCUACAGAAGGGCGUGCGACAAUCACACGUCUCAUCUCGGGAGUCGGCACGACCACCGUCGGUAUACAAACUGGGCAUAGCAGCAAGAAAGGCUCACAGUUUCAUAUUGGCGACAAUCACUCGUUGAAAUCUUUGAAUUCGCAUGGCAUGACGCUUUCUUCAGAUGUAGAGCAUAUGCCUUCUGCUAUUCAACAUGAUGCGCCUACACAUUAG